AAGACUUACAACACUGUCUGGAGUACGUGCGAGCAACAAUUUGUCAUCAUCCACAUUUGUUUAUUAUAGUUCAAGUCUGCCGUAAAACUAACUCAUUUAUCACUAUGAAAGUAUCUAUUUUUGGGGAACUCAACACGUUUGAGCUGUUCGUCCUGAGCAGCUUAUUGCCUGCCGUCUUCGUGUUCCUGUGGACAUUGAUAACUGGAGAUAUAAAGAACUUCAAGGGCAGCAAGCUGGCCUACUCCGAAUUCAUCGCAAAGGAUCCUGUCAACUGCUACCAGAACUACGGCGAAAAGAAACAAAAGGAUACUUAAGGAUCACACAGUUAUUAAAUAUAUUAAUAAUUGUCAUGCACAUAUAAUAAAUUAAAAUUAUUAAAAUAGCUUGCUGAUCUGUACAUUAACAGUGAAGUCAAGGCUGAGCAAAAUAUUUAAAUAAAUUAAAUUAAAAUUAAA